UUUACCCCUGCAGGAUAGACCCUUUCAGGUCCACCUGUGUGGCUAAUAUCUUGUUCCACCAACUAACGGACAUGUUAAUAAAUUGUCUCUGCUGGUGCCACGUUCUACAACGGGGCUGCAGUUCUUCGGGGGCGCAGGUAACGGCUCGGGUGUUCACUUUGAGUCUGGCGGAGUGGUUGUCGCAGCUCUUGUAGGUAGCUCACGCGACACACAUUCACCUUAUACAUGACGGUGAUUCCCGCCACGACCAACGAUGUUGAAAGGUGUGGAGGCGUGACUCGUGGCCGGCGUGGUUGUCUCGGAUGAGCCGCGCCGCCCUCUCCUGUACCUUAUACUCGUACAGGAGGGCGAGGUGUUUGUGGGCCGCACCACCCCAUGCCAGGCACGCGUACUCCAACGAGGAUCUAACUUGUGCUUUUAGACCCUUGCCGUCCAGAAGCCACGAUAUCCUCCUCAGAGAGGCCAACUUUCCUAAGGCCUCUCUAGCAAGCUGCUCGAUGUGGGUCCUAAAGGUCAGCCCACGGUCGUAGGUGACCCCCUCCACCUCGACCUGCGGUGUUUACAUCUCCCCGGUGAAGUCGAGGCAUAGGGCUGGCCUCGACCUGGAGACGAUGAGCAGCUUGGUUUUAUGCGGCGCGAAUCUCACCUGCCACGCUCUGCCCCAGGUUGUGAUGCGGUUCAGCGGGUUGUUGAGCCGGGACACACAAACGGCUUCCUCCCCCAUGGCGAAACUGUGAGUCAGCGUGAGAUCGUCCGCGUAAGCCCUGGCGCUGGGGAGGUGCAGCAGGUCGUUUAUAUGCAGGUUCCACAGUAGGGGGCCGAGGCAACUUCCCUGAAGGACACCUGCUUUGACAGGCUGCACCUCAGACUCACGACCUUCAACAGUCACCCUCAGGUGCCUGUCAUUCAGGUAAUCACUGAGGAGCGACAGGAGGGCCCCGUUUACGCCUGCAGCACGGAGUUAUUUGACCAACUGCAGGGUUGCGUGCCACACCAGGUCUCUCUCUCUCUCUCUUAUCUGAAUGAAAUAACGAACGUCCAUGAUCGCUGAGUGGAAAAGUGCUUAACUCUAUCACUCAAGUUUACCGACCGAGAAGUUGCAUGAAGAAACCUGCCAUGAUAAUACAAGAAGAAGGUGCAGGUGUUGGCAGUACUACUGGGAGUGGUGGUGUUGGUGGUGUACUUUAUGUUGCUCUUCUCAGGUCCCGUCACCACAACUACAUCCACUGCUUUCCCUGUAGUUGUCACCAGCUGGCUGGGAGAAUAUGGUGUUGAAGGAAUGCAAUCAGACCUCCCCACACUGUACGUCAUCACACCCACAUACAGACGACCGGAGCAGAUUCCAGAACUUACCCGCCUUGGCCAGACCCUGAUGCAUGUCCCCAAACUUCACUGGCUGGUUGCUGAUGAUGCGACCUCCGUCAACCAGCAGGUGGUGGAUUACCUGAAGAGCAUAGGCAUACCCUUCACCUACUUCCUCACACCUAUGCCACAGAAAUACUCAAGGAGGUGGUUUGGUUAUCUCCCCAAGGGUGUUGCAAACCGUAAUGGGGCAAUGAUGUGGCUGCGACUCCGUGCAACAGAGGGUGUAAUGUACAUGGCAGAUGAUGACAACACCUAUGACCUCAGAAUCUUUCAAGAGAUACGUCAUACAAAGAAAGUGUCAAUGUUUCCUGUGGGACUUGUGACGCACACAGGGCUCUCCACACCAGUGCUGCGUGAUGGUCGCUGGGUUGGCUGGUUUGAUGGCUGGAUUUCUGAUAGAGUGUUUCCAGUGGACAUGGCAGGAUUUGCUGUCUCUAUACCCUUCUUUCUCUCGGUGCCAGAAGCCGAGAUGCCGUACAUUGCAGGCUAUGAGGAGACAGGUUUCCUCAACAACCUCCAUGUUACCAUUGAUGACAUUGAGUUUCUAGCUGACAAUUGUACCAAGAUCUAUGUGUGGCACACACAUACACAGAAGAGCAAGGCCAGUUCAAGAGAGAUACUGGACAAGAAGUAUGAUGGCACUAACCUCAGACAGCUACAAGAAGUGAUGGUAGUUAAUUAAUCAUCUGGAAAAGGAAAUAAGCAUCAAGCACCCAAAAGGCUGCCCACUACUGCAUUAUGGAGGACCUGACAAUCUCAGACACCCUCACUAUCUUCAGAGAAGGCUGAAUGAAUACUGCCAGAGAAGAGCAUAGUGGUCAUAAGUUUAGCACCUCAAUCUGAACAUAUCCAAGUGUUCUUCACCUGUCCCAUGUCAUAGACUCCUAGUCAAUCACUCCUGCCUUCUACCCUAAACAGCUCCCUUCUCAAGCUGUUCUUUGUAAUUCCCUUGUAAAUGAGUCAUACAAGUACCACUUGUACACCAAAAUAAGAUGACAUUUGAAUCAUCCUAAAAAGACACAAAAAAACUGGGCCAUCCUACACAUCAGAUACAAAAACUAAGGUCAUUAAGUUUUGUGCAAAACAUCAUUGUAAAUAAACAACAGCCUUAUAUUACGACUUUUUGGGGAAGUUAGACAUUGUGGAAUGGAUUCAGUGAAAUCAUUUUGAGAAAAUACACUGAAACAUGUUUCUGUUGAAAAAUGCGUCAACAAAAUUCAAUGUACGAGUAUUAUAACCACAAUCCUCUGCUGGCAUUGCACAUGAAUGGAUAAAGCAGGACCCUGUGCAAAUAUUGCCCAGUUUUUCCCCAAGCUGAAUGGCAAAAGGAAGCAAACUGAGAUAAAGAAUCUUCCAAGCUUGCAAUGUUGUAAAAGGACAAAGUCCAUAUACUGGAGAAAAUUAAAAAAAAGUCAAAAGAAUCAUAUGUAGAAGAUUAUGGCCUAGCACAUAAUUUUACACCAUCUUCAUGAAAAUAAGAGCCAAGAUACAUUUGUUAACCAUGUGAAAGUAUAUUCAUUUAUACAAUGCUCAAAUGUCUAUGUUGAAUAAAAAAGGUCUAUUAUUACCCAUACCAUUUUAUGGAACUGUGUAGGUAUGCAUUAUAUUUAAUAGGUACAUUUUUUUUUCUAUUGCCACAAGUUAUCAGUUGUUGUAACUAUUGUAAAACUUUUAAUCUACAGAACUCAAUAAAUGGUAUUUGAUCAAAAAGACAACCUAGAUUCAACUUCUACAUAUAAAAGCAUUGUAAAAAUAAUUUUAAAUAACACUAAUAUACUUGCAUGUAACAAAUUUAUCUUGCAAUUUAGUGCUAUACUCUACAUUUAGGACAUGUGAUAAAUGAUCAAAGAAUGAAGACUAACAUGAUAUGUUUAAAGUGUGUGAGUGUCUUCUCUUCAUAUAUACAAUUCUAUCCACCUGUCUCACCAUUACAAAUAUAGAUUUCUGUUUUGCUGUUGUAUU